AUGAUGCCCGUCAGAUUGCAGGCAACCCGGGACUAUGCGGGCGCUGACUCGACCUCAUACCAUCUUCAGAGCUCCCCAGAUGCCUUCGACGAUGCCAGCCACACUUGCACCUCAGGAACACUGAGAGUGGUCCUCCACAACCAUUCCCUGUGGCUCCAGUUUUACCAAGAGCAGACGGAAAUGAUCAUUAACAAGCCGGGCAGGCGAAUGUUCCCUUUACUGGUUUACAGAAUCUAUGGGAUGAACCCAGUUGCUCGUUACCGGGUAUUUCUGGAAAUAUUGCCGGUUGAUCAACACCCCUGGAGUUUUCAGAAUGGCAAGUGGUGUCAGUGUGAAAAAAAAGAGUACAACAUGCUAGGGAAUCAUCUGUAUAUCCACCCAGACUCCCCCAACACUGGGGCUCAUUGGAUGAAGAAAGAGAUCAAAUUUAAGCACCUCAAAGUGACUAACAGCCAAGAAACUAUCAACAAAGGGAAAAAGAUGAUCUUAUUGCACUCCCGCCACAAAUAUCUACCGAGGCUUUGUAUUGAAGAAGUGAAUGAUGGAGAACAUGAAACAUCAGUUCCUUCCUUCAGCCAUAACUUCACGUUUGCAGAAACAGAGUUCAUUACUGUAACUGCAUAUCAAAAUAUUAAGGACUUUGUGUCCUGA